GAGGAGGGCGGCUUGCGCGACCUGCUGGCCUCGCUGCCGGAGCGGCACCCCGAAUCCAAGGCGGCCCUGCGCCGCCGCCAGCAUGCGCAGUUUGGCCGCUGGUGGGCCCAGCUGCGCGCCGGCAACUCCCUGCUGCUCUACGGCUUCGGCUCCAAGCACGACCUGCUGUCCCGCUUCGCCCGCCAGCAGACCGGGGACGGCGCCUGCCUGGCAGUAAACGGCCUGCACCCGGGCCUCACCGCCAAGCAGGUGCGGGCCGGGCUGGUGCCGCCUGCUCGCACGUGCUGGACCCGGUUGAAAGCCUGCUGGGCCUGCUGGGACCGGCAGAGCUGGGCCGCUCACUACCGCGGCUGCUCCAAGGAUGACAUGCUGGAGCUGGUGGGCAGGGACCAGCGGCGGCUCUACCUGGUGCUCCACAACAUCGACGGCCCCGGCCUGCGCGACCACAGCGCGCAGCGGGUGCUGUCUGAGCUGGCGGCGCUGCCAAACGUGCACCUGGCGGCCAGCGUGGACCACGUCAAUGCUGCGCUGCUCUGGGACCAGCAGGUGUGUUGUACGCGGGACCGCUUCUCCUGGGUGUGGCACAACGCCACCAACUACGAGCCGUACCACCGGGAGGUCGGCUAUGCAGGUGAGGGCAGAGGGGGUGGAGCGAGGGCGGGAGUGAUGCAGAGCGCGACGGUGGUGCUGGCCAGCCUGUCGCACAGCGCGCGGGAGGUGUUCCGCCUCGUGGCCGACGCCCAGCUGGAUCCCUCCGGCGAGCAGGGCGUCACCUUCCAGCGCCUGUUCCAGCAGUGCCGGGAGCGGUUCCUGGUGUCUAACGAGAUGCUGCUCAAGGCCUUCCUCACUGAAUUCCGGGACCACGAGCUGCUGCAGACCAAGCGCGCCUCGGACGGCUCCGAGCUGCUGCACGUGCCUCUGGGGGAGGAGGUGCUGCAGCAGGUGCUGCAAGACAUGGAUGCCAUGGGCUGA